AUGCGCGCGGGAUGUCACAUAAAAUUACCGCGGGCGAUAAUAAUGAAGAGAGCGGUGAUCAACGUGCAAUCCAAAGACAAUGCGUGUUUCGCGUGGUCUGUGGUCGCCGCUCUAUAUCCAGCCGAAAGAAAUGCGGAACGAGAAUCUUCGUAUUCACAUUAUACAACAGUGCAGAAUCUCCAGGGCAUUAAGUUCCCAGUGACUGUGAACCAAAUUAAAAAAUUCGAGCUUCUCAACGAUAUGUCAAUCAAUGUAUAUAGUAUCGAGGAAAAGAACAUUGUCCCGAUACGUCUGAGUGAGCUAAAAAGAGACAAACACGUCAACUUGCUGUACAUGGAAGACAACAACGUUGGACAUUUCGCGUGGAUCAAGAAUCUAUCCAGGCUCGUGAGCUCACAAUUGAGCAAAAAAGAACACAAGAAAUAUAUCUGCGAUCGAUGUUUGCACUACUUUGAUUCGAAUGACAAAUUACAAUCACAUACGGUGGACUGUCGAGAGAUGAACGAGUGCACUAUCCGAUUACCGAGCGAUAAGGACAAGUGGCUCACGUUCAACAAUUAUAAUCGGAAAGAGCGGCUUCCUUUCGUCGUAUACGCCGAUCUGGAGUGUGUUUUGGAGAAGACGGAGGAAGAGAGAAACUACCAACAUCAUAAAGUAUUUAGCAUAGCAUAUUAUGUACACUGCUCGUACGACGAUUCGUUAUCCGCGUAUCCUUCUCGUCGCGGUAUCGAUUGCAUGUCAUGGUUCGUCGAAGAACUAAGAAAUUUAGCGCAACGUGUAAAAAGUAUUUUAUCAGCUAAUGGUAAAUUUAACAUCUGA